ACACGGGACAUUGUCGCAAAAGAAGGUCCCGUUCCUAGCAUUCACUAUGAUUUUUGUGUUUGGGUUCGUGUUAUUGCUGCUUUCAGCCAAUCUGUGUUACGCUGCACCUCCAGGACAGGGUGACUCAAGGGUUGUGAAUGGCACGGAAGCGGGAGAUAACGAGUUUCCUUUCAUGGCUCAAUAUGUCCGUUACGGUGUACCAGAAUGCAGCGCUACAAUCAUCAACGAGUACUGGGUGAUGACUGCUGGUCACUGUGUGGAUGGAAAGGAGAUCCGCGUGUCCGACGUCCGAGCCGGUACCAACAGUGUGAAAAAUGAUACUGGAGUACUCAUCCAUGUCAGCGAAUUCGUCUUCCACGAAAAUUACCAUUAUGACUACAUAAACGACGUAGCUCUGAUUAAGCUGGUGCAGCCUCUCACCUUAGGACCCACAGUACAGCCCGUCCCUCUACCGGAACAGGGACAGCAGACUCCUAACGGGACCGUAGCCACUGUGGUCGGAUGGGGAGCUACAGAGUCCGAAUCUUCAGCUGAAAAAUUGCGGAAGGCUGACAUCCCGGUGUGGUCUGACGAGGACUGCCAGGAGGCGUAUGCAGGCUACGAGUACCAGGUUCUGGAAGAGGACAUCUGCGCAGCGAUGCCUGAGGGAGGCAGGGGGCAAUGUAGCGGAGACGGAGGAGGACCCUUGUUAGUGAACGGAACUCAGAUCGGUAUAGUCUCGUGGUCCAGGAAACCAUGUGUUACCAAAGGCUCUCCUGGCGUGUACGUUGAAGUUUCGUACUACGUCGACUGGAUCAAAGAGAAGACAGGGAGAGCUUGAAGAAUUUCCACCACUAAAUAAACCAUACAACACCGUGAAUGUGGUUCAAAUUUGAUAUACAUUUUUGUAGUUUCCUAAUGCAGCACAUAUUUUGCAAUCACAUGAUGAAAUCGGAGAGUUGCUCUCUCUCUCUCUCUCUCUCUCUCUCUCUCUCACACACACACACACACACACAUUUCAUUGUGUGAUUAUGAAAUAUGUGCCCAUUACGAAGCUAUGAAAGUAAUUCACUAAAUGACAGUGGAUAGUUCUGUACAUAAUCUGAGACUGCUUAGGGCGUAGCACUUAAAUGGAACGGAAUUUUUUACCUUUUUUAUUCAGCCUUAAGUACAAGCUGUGUAUGAAGUGUGGCGCUAUCUGUGAUGCGUAUUAGUUCAUUUCUCUCAGAUUUCUUAUCACGCUAAUGAACAUUAUCUUCAGUCCGGUAUUGAGUGCUAGCUGGCUGCAGUGCUGUGUACCAUUUAAAUACCAAUGUUUGACGUGUAAAAGCGAUUAAAAUUUCAAAGACUUAAUUCAGGUCAACAAGGAGGUUUUAAAGUUAUUGUAGUUAAUAUUUAGAAGUCACUCUUAUUAUAUUUCACAGCUUGCAUACUUAUGCUUUUAGAAUAGUACUCUGAACUUAGCAAGGCACAUACGUCGAUUGUAGUUAGAGUGAAAGCGUCUUUACAUGAUGUUAGUUUAACAAUAUCGGCAUAUAUGUAACACCAUUGAAAUUUCAGAUAUCUAUAUUGUGAACAUCUUACGCUUUCCGCUUUCAAGAAUAUAAACUCUUAGUUAUGAGAAGAUGUAUUUUGCUUGGAUGUGUGAUACGAAGUAACAUUGUCCAUAGUGUGAAGAACUAAUAAAGUCUGAAAUAUAAA